CGAGCCGAGCCCCGGCAGCGCCUGCGCGGGGAGAGCAUGGCCACGCUGCGCAGGCUGCGGGACGUGCCCAGGCACUUGCUGGUGUGCGAGAAGUCCAACUUCGGCCACGACAAGUCGCGCCACCGGCAUCUCGUGGAGACGCACUAUCACAAUUACAGGGUUUCACUUCUGAUUCCUGAAUGUGGGAUACUGUCAAAAGAACUGAAAGAACUGGUCAUGAAAACUGGACCCUAUUACUUUGUGAAGGAUUUACCUCUCCAUGAGUUAAUCACUCACGAAUUCAUCAAUACUUUCGUAAAGAAAGGUUCAUGCUACGCGCUGACGUACAACACAAAUAUCGAUGAGGAUAAUACAGUCGCCCUGCUGCCAAAUGGGAAGCUAAUUUUAUCACUGGAUAAAGACACUUACGAAGAAACUGGACUUCAGGGCCGUCCAUCCCAGUAUUCCGGCAGGAAAGUCAUGAAAUUUAUUGUUUCCAUUGACUUGAUGGAUUUAGCCUCUAACCUGGACUCUAAGAAAUAUGGAAGAGUAUCUUGGUCCUUCAAAGAAAAGAAGCCAUUGAAAUUUGAUUUCCUUUUGGCUUGGCAUCAAACAGGUGCAGAAGAAUCGGCGAUGAUGUCACACUUUUCCGAUUACGGAAUUCAGGAGCGUCAGCCUGACGUGGUGCUGGGUGCGGUGGCAGAGCUGCGGUGCCCGGUGCUGCGGAGCGGCCAGCUCAGGGGCGAACCUGGGGCGGCGUGUGGCGCCCGGGAGCUCCUGGACUGGCUGGGUGCCGUCUUCAGCCACGCCGAGCUAAAUAACGAGCCAAAUAAUUUCAUAUCCACCUACUGCUGUCCCCAGCCAAGCACAGUGGUGGCAAAAGCCUACCUUUGCACCAUCACGGGCUUCAUACUUCCGGAGAAGAUACAUCUCCUGUUGGAGCAGCUGCGUCACUACUUUGACGAACCAAAGCUGGCCCCGUGGGUGACCUUGUCGGUUCAAGGCUUCGCAGACAGCCCUGUUUCCUGGAGAGAAAACGAGCACGGAUUUGGAAAAGGAGGAGAGCAUUUAUACAACUUUGUGAUUUUUAGUAAUCAGGACUACUGGCUUCAGAUGGCUGUCGGGGCAGAUGAUGACUGUCCACCGUGACGCGCACAGGACAGGUGACGACUGUCUGCUGUGACACGUGCAGGGCACGUGAUGACUGUCCACCGUGACGCGCAGGACAGGUGACCACUAUCCGCUGUGACACGUGCAGGAUUAAAGUCACGUUCGUUUAUGUUUAUGCUGGUUUUCAGACUUCUCGUCAGUAAAAGGACUGUGUUCACUGCAACCUGGAUGGUGAUGACGUUUCUUAGAUCAGCAUCCGUUGGCAUCUGCUCUGGCCUCAGGCCCAUCCUGUGACUGCACCUGGGCCCACCGUCCAGUGGAAGCUCAUAGCUGAUUCCUCCCUGUCAGUAUGAGCCCAGGGAGGGAGUCACUGCGUGGUGCCCUGGGCCAGGAUGGCCGGGGACCAGGGGUUGUGGGACCACUGGUAAGAUGUGUGCUGUGACUCAGGCACAUGAUUACAACCUUUCACACAAUAGUAAAAAGAAGUCCUCACAUCAUACUUACCAGAGCCAGUUCCUGCGGUUGGUGCUGUUUAAUCCUCACAUCAGUCCUGGGAGGGAACAGGCGGGGAGUCUACAUGAGCCCCCAAGGUCACGCUGCUGAUGGGUCUGAGACUGGAUCCCGGCCAGUUGGCUCCUGAGUGUGUGUGCUCACCGGCUGCUCCUGGGUCAGGAGGGGCUUCUGGAUACUGUAUGUUGUUAAGGAACAAGUUGAAUACUUUUUUUGCCAGCAGCAUGGCUAAUAAGGACCAGCUAAAAAACAGCUAAAACUUCUGGAAUACCUAUCAAGAACCUUUUUUUUUUUUUAAUGUCUCAGUGAACCAUAAGAAUUCUGAGCAGCUUAAAUAAAUUUUUAUUUGGC